GAGAACUAAAAUGAAACGGAGUGAGGUAAACAAUAGACUUUUUGGCAUUUUGACUAAUUCCCACUUGCAAAAAUACCAACUUUUCAAGUUUUACCCACCAAGAUCCUUUAAAAAUUGAAUCUUUUUUUUUUUUUUUUUCAUUCUUGAUCUAUCAAAUUUUUCGUCAAAAUUCAUCAAGAUUCAAUUUUUUCCAAAACCCCAUUUGAUAAAAAUGCAUGAUUUUUGCUUUACAAUUCCAUAUGGAUUAAUUCUUUUGUGUGGUGGAAUUAUUGGAUAUGUUAAAAGAGGGAGCUUAGCUUCAUUAGGUGGAGGUUUGGGUACUGGUUUUUUGCUUAUUUUAGCUGCUUAUUUGAGUCUUCAAGCAUUUCACAAACGCAAAAAUUCUUAUUUUGCUUUGAUUCUUGAAACAGUUUGUGCUGCUGUGUUAACGUGGGUCAUGGGACAGCGGUACAUGCAAACUUCAAAGAUAAUGCCCGCGGGUAUUGUUGCUGGUAUCAGUGUGAUAAUGACUGGAUUUUACCUGUAUAAGAUCGCCAGGGGCGGAAACCACUUCCCAUCUAAAGCCGAGUAAUGGCAUUUCACUAUAGCCGCGGUUCCAGCUCCAGACUCUGUAACGAGAAGAACUGGAUUCUUUUCGCGGAUUAUUGUAUACAGUUAUACUCUAUUUUAUGUCGUCGUUGAACUGAACAGCAUUGUAUCGAUGAGUAGAAUUCGAGUUUGUGAUACUCCUCAUGGCAUUUUGUCUUUGCUUCAGUAUUUGAAUUUGCAAGUAAAUAGAAAAAGAUUGAGCUGAGGGUCUA